AGACGAGGACCAGCUCAACCAGCACGAUGGCAGAAGUCCCUCCAGCCGCCGCACAGGCCACCCCGGUGAAAGCCGCCAAGAAGAAGGCGUCCAAGCCCAGCAAGAAGUCCGGUCCCGGCGCCGCCGAGCUCGUCAUGAAGGUGGUGGCGGCCUCCAACAGCCGUAGCGGGAUCUCCUACGUGGCCGUGAAGAAGGCCAUGGCCGCCGACGGCUACGACGUGGUUCAGAACAACGCGUACGUCAAACGCGCCGUCAGGAAGCUGCUGGACGGAGGAGCCCUGGUGCAGGUGAAGGGAAACGGGGCCAGCGGCUCCUUCAAGGCGGCCAAGCCCACCGAGAAGCCCAAGAAGGCGGCGAAGAAGCCCGCCGCCAAACCCAAGAAGCCCGCAGCGAAGAAGAUCGCCCCGGCCAAGAAGUCUGCUGCCGUCGCCAAGAAGCCGAAAGCGGCCAAGACGACACCCAAGAAGGCGAAGAAGCCCGCGACGCCCAAGAAAACCUCCGUGAAGAAGAUCACAAAGAGCCCGGCCAAGAAGGUGGUGGCCAAGAAGGCCGCCGCUCCCAAGAAACCAGCCAAGAAGGUCGUGAAGCCCAAAGCUGCGAAGCCAGCGAAGAAGACCGCAGCUAAAAAACCAGCGAAGAAGAUUCCAGCCAAGAAACCAGCGAAGAAAGCGGGAAUGUUGCGCUCGCGCUGUGACGUCGCCUUCUCUGAUUGGAUGAUCGUCCUACUGUCCCGGACCAAUGAGCGACCAGGAGCUCCUUUAUAUGCUGAGCUUCCCCGGCGGAGCAGCAUUCUUCUCUCCUAUACGAAGCAGAAAACCCGUGAAACAUGUCCGGAAGAGGUAAAACCGGCGGUAAGACCAGAGCGAAGGCCAAGACCAGGUCCUCCAGGGCCGGGCUCCAGUUCCCCGUCGGCCGUGUCCACAGACACUUGAGGAAGGGUAACUACGCCCACCGUGUCGGCGCCGGAGCUCCGGUGUACCUGGCGGCGGUGCUGGAGUACCUGACCGCUGAGAUCCUGGAGCUGGCCGGCAACGCGGCCCGCGACAACAAGA